AUGUUGUGUCCGCCGUGUGCAUCGCGCACGCGCAUAUAUCUAUCGCUACUGCGCGCGCUACGUCAACGGACGACACGGUCGUCUAGAGGGCGUCUCCUACAACCCACGCCCUCCGCCUCGCUCCCCGACCAGCUGCGGCUGCUCGGGCUAUACGCCGCGCCGACGAUAGGCGACGGCAACUGCCUCUUCCGCGCGCUCGCGGACCAGGUGCACGGCUCGCCUGUGCGCCACGCCGAGGUGCGCCGGGACGUGUGCGAUUGGAUCGAGAAGUGGGGGGAGAGGUAUGAGGGGUUUGUAGAGUUUGAAGGGAGCGAGGAGGAUGAGGGGCGGGGGAAGAGUAAAGGGAAGGAGAAAGAAAAGGAGAAGGAGAAGGAUAGCGGGGCAGGGGCAGGGGAGGAUAAAGGUGAAGGCAGUAGUAACAGUGCGGGGAAAGGCCCGUCGCCGCGUCUUGCGGCGUAUUUGAGGAAUAUGCGGCAGAAUGGGACGUACGGUGGUCAUAUGGAGCUCUCGGCGUUUGCGCAUAUGACGAGGCGCGAUGUGAAGGUUGUGCAGCCGGGCUUGGUGUAUGUUAUUGAGUGGCGCGCGGGGAGUGGGAGUGGGUCGGGGUCCAGUGCGGAGAGCCAGAGUCAGAGUCAGGAGAAGAAGGAAGAAGAGGUGAAGGAUGCUGCUAAGCCUGUUUCUGUUUCUGCUUCUGCUUCGAUAGCGACGAGCGCUACGCCGGUGUCGAAUAGACGCGCGACGCGCUCUGCGAAUGCACUGUCAGCUCCUCCGGCCAAGGUCCCGCCGAAAGACAGAGACGAGGGCAAGACGAAGGUGAAAACGGGGCGGCAUGGAUAUUACGUGUUGGAGGAGGUGAGCAGCGAUGAGGAAGAUGAUAAGCAGGCGUUGGGGUUGGGUUUGGGUAACCGUAGGGGUGCGAGUCGGGGUACGGCACCGGCGGCGUCGGCAGAGGUGAGUGAGAAAAAGGAAGAGAGGGAGGUGCAGCAGCAGCUCGUUGCACCUGAGCCGACGCCGUCACCGACGCCUGCGCCCGUGUCGGCGGAGGUAAAGCAUGAGGAGGAGGAGCAGUCGGGAGGGCCGACGGUGUAUGUCGCGUACCAUGACUGGGAACAUUUCUCCUCCAUCCGCAACCUGCGCGGUCCACAUACAGGCCUACCCAACAUCCAAGAAACACCCGCGCACUCGCAUCCGGCAUAUGUGCCUCCAGCAGACACGGUCUCCGCGCCAGCGGCGCUGAGCAAGGAAGCGUUGAAAGAACGCGAGCGCGAGAAGAAGCGCGAAAGGAAGGAGAAGGAGCGUGAGAGGGAGAGGGAGCGUAGGGAGAAGGGCAAGGAGAAGAUUGUUAGUGCGAGUGCUAGUGCUAGUGCGGGGUUGAAGGUCAAGUUGAAGUUGCCGGCGAGUAAGACGGGGACGCCUGCGCCUAGUGCGUCUGCGUCUGUGUCUGCGUCUGCGCCGGUGGUUUCUGCUGUGGCGGCACAGGCGCAGGCGCAGGACCCAUUGGCGGUUCCGCUUCCAACGUCCCGUUCAGCGUCGCCGUUCCCUGUGUCGUCGUUGGCUUCGACUUCGACUUCAGCUUCUGGUUCGACUGGCUCGCGGUCUCCGCAACCGCAGUCACAAACCCAGCCACCGUCGUCUACAUCAACUAUCUCCUCCACCUCCACAUCUACAUCUACAUCGUUAUCAACUUCAACGCAUACAGCUAUCUCUCCUGGUGUAAAUAUCAACCUCAACCUCAACCUCCAAGCGCCGCAUAUGGCGCAUCUGCACGCUAGCCCCCUCGCUCUCGCUCGACAUCACGAGCAGCAGCAACAACACUCACACCUGCACCACCGCUCGCCGAAGCGCUCGUUUGACGAGUCGAGUGCGAGCGGUGGGGACGGGGAGAGUGCGAGUGGGAGUGAGAAGCGCAGUCGGAGGCGGGUGGGGAGUGUUAGUGUUGGUUCUGUGCCGGGGGAUGUGAGGCUGAGAGCCUCGGUUGGUGGAGAGAAUAUGGAUGUUGAUGUUGAUGUUGUUGAGGUCGAAGGCGAGGGACAAGGCGAAGGUGAAGGCGAAGGUGAAGGUGAAGCGGGCACACCAGGGCUAUCAGCGCCCGGGUCGAGCUCGUCCGAGACGAGUUCGGAGGUUGUCUCUGAAGAGGAAGAGGGCGAUGCCGACGAGGGUGGCGGUGAUGCCCGUCACCCUCAUCAUAUGGACGCUGUAGAUGACGACGAGAUGUCAGCGCUCUCGUCGGUCCCGCCAACACCCCCACCCGAGCCCGAGCUCGAUCUGGACGUCGUCCAGGAAGAACACGAUAUGGACGAUAUGGAUAUCCCGCGCAUUGUGAAUGCGCGGUUGUCGCCUCCGCCUUCUUCUACAAUGUCUUCCCUCUCCAACUCCCAUUCUAAUUCCAAUUCCAAAAAGCCCAAGUCGCGUAAAGGCACACCCCUCUCCUCCACCUCCACCUCCACCUCCUCCUCGCAAAACACGUACACGGCACAGUUGGGCCCUAAAGAGCUGACACGACGUCAGCGCAAGGCGCUUGGGCUGCCGAAAGCGCGUCCUCGUCCGGCGGGGGGGAUGAGUGCGGGCAAGAUUGUUAUUCCUGGAGGGAGGUGGACGGGGCGGGAGAUGACGCCGCCUGGUGUGGGUGUGGGUGGAGGUAGGGAUGGAGGAGGGGGGGAUGGAGAGGAGGAGGAGGAGUGGAGGAGGAAUGGGACGGGACGCUUGGAUGUUCGUGGGUUUAGGGAGUUGAAGAUUUAG